AAUAACGUCAUUAUUACAUGUGGAUUCUUUGUUCGAUUCGUGUUUUAUUUAAAAAAAAAAAACUAGUUCGUUUUCUACAUAUUCAAAAUUAUUCAAAAAAAUCGUAUACUCUGCUUAAUGUUACUGCAUGUCGCGCGAUACGUACGUCUCUGAGGCUGCAUCGUUAAAGAGAUUAAAAAGAAUACAAUAUAAUGCGCGUUAUCCACGUUAUCGUCAUCUCAAAGUUAUGAACUUCCUACUUAGAACUUUGGAGCUUUCGCAAAGGUACAGAUCCGGUUCCUAGAAUAUCCCUUUCGUUCGUUCGCCCCACCUCACUUACAUAUAAACAACGGCUUACAUAUUUAAGCGAACGACAUAAAAGUGCGGUCGUGGUAUGAAAAAAAAUUACAUUUAUAUAUUUAUUCUGUACUGUUUUCACUAACGAUUAUUAUUAUACAUAUUAUGAACGAUUUUGUGAUUAUCUGUGCUUUAGUGUGCUCGUGUUUUUUUUUAAAUUAUUUAGGACCAUGUAGACUUCAUGGUCUUUGCUUCUGUUUAUUUUUUGCACAAACCUAAAAAUGGCAAACAAACUGACCGCAGUCAUCGUUGUUGCUCUCGCCGUGGCAUUCAUGGUCAACCUGGACUAUGCCAACUGCAGCCCUGCCAUCGCAUCCAGCUACGACGCAAUGGAAAUUUGCAUCGAGAACUGCGCGCAAUGCAAAAAAAUGUUCGGCCCUUGGUUCGAGGGAUCCCUUUGCGCGGAGUCCUGCAUCAAAGCCAGAGGCAAAGACAUUCCGGAAUGCGAAAGCUUCGCAUCCAUAUCUCCAUUCCUGAAUAAGCUUUAAGACCGAUCGUUGAUAACUAUGAUUGAUGGACGUAAGUUUUAUGUAAAUGAAUUCGAUAAUUUUCGACAUCAAAAAAAAUUAUCAUCAAAACGUACCUAUGUAGUUUUAUCGUAGGCACUCGAAAAAUGUACACUAACAAAAAAUACAGUUACUACAUUCAAUCUAGUCAAUGGCUAUUUUAAGCAAAAUAUUAUGAAUUAAAUAUAUAAUAUCGAUUUCGAUUCCUAAUCUAUUUUUUUUUUCAACAUGGCGCGGCAUUUACAUUAAGUUUACGUCAUUGGUCCAUUUAUAAACCAACGGACAUACCAAAGCAUUUAUUAAUUUUAAUGUAAGAUUAUUUUAUUUUUUAAUUAGCUUUUUGCGUAGUCUAUCAAGACAGGGACUAGGCGUAAGUCACUAAUGUAUAUUAUUAUGUAUUAAAAUAAAAGAUGGGCAUUACUA